AUGAAAUUUGUUUUCUUUCUCCUGGAAUAUAAUGACGGAGAUCUCAUUCACUUCACCUCGAACAGUGAAUUAGCGGAAGCAAUCAAGUCUACGGCAGAUGGAGUUUUUAAAUUGUACGCACAAGAGAAACCAUUGUUCAAAGACAGUGCUGAACUACAUUUGGGUGUCGUGUGCAGUACUUGCAAGAAACCUAUACAGGGAUCCCGUUACAAGUGUCUAGCAUGCCAUGACUACGAUCUGUGCCAUAGCUGUGAGCUGAUUGGAACACACCUCGAGCAUGCAAUGAUCAAAAUACCAACGCCUAGCACUCCGUGGGUGGCACAAAUAAUGCAAUAUUCCUACACGUAUGGGCCGAUGUCUCCAGUGUCUCCAAUGUUGUUGAAAUGCCGCACUGAAGAUGGUGGAUCGAGAAGCGCUCUACCACUGAACCUGGACGAAAAUUUGUCUCCCAUUAUGGAUCGACCUUCUUUUGCAUCAAGCAUUGGUCAGCCGUAUUCCCGAAAUGAUUGGUCACUGUUCAGCGAUAGCCCAAUGUCCAGCCGAUCGGGUGUUGGCCAAGCUGCUGCCAUGGAACACUCGUAUCACUCUGAGGAACUGCAAUCGCGCCAAAGCAGAAUGGUUGAGCGGGAUUCUCUUGGUACCGUAGACAAAUCAUCAUACAGAGAAAGUCUGUUCAGUUAUAACGAGUCCCCGCAGGACAAAAUAUCAGGAGACUGGACAAUUCUGAAUUCCUCUUCCAAGUCCAAAGACACCAACGAAGUUACUAGUACAGUUACCAGUAUUGAAUCCAGUGGUUCCAAGACACAAACAGAAUUCACAAAGGUGACGGAAAUAUCCUCUGAGAAAGAAGCUUCUUCAGCAAACAUGGCAAAUUCAUCGGAAAUGAAUUCUGUAUCGUCCGAACCUAAAGAAGAUGAGCAAGAAAAAUCCAUUUCAGCUGCGAUAGACAACACAGUGGAGGAUAUUGACACGAAACUGGACACGACGACGACGAGAACAACAAUGUCUUCAGAGAAUGGAAGUGCAGACCCCGGCACAGAAACCGUCUCGAGCACGACAAAUGAUUCAAAAGACGACAAAGAAGCGACCAAAACAGAGGGACCGGGUGAACCCAAACCGAAAGUGGAUAACAACUUAUAUUAUCCAAAAAUUCGUCGAUAUGCCGAGGCCUUGGAUAACCUAAUGAGCAUGGGUUUCACCAAUGAGGGUGGCUGGUUGACAGUUCUCGUUGAGGAGAAACGUGGUGACAUCAUCCGGGUUCUUGACUUUAUUGAAAAUAAUAUUCAAAAGUGCCGAGAGAAUGAACAAGCCAAAUCUAGGAAUUAA